AUGGACAGCCUUCCGUUCGUCACACUAGGGAGCUUCCAGCGUGCCAAUUUUGGCUUUACUCAUACGCUGAAGUGGAAAUCGGUCGCACACAACAGAGUUACAAUCUUCGCCUCAGUAUGGACACCUUUACUCAGUCGGUCGCACACAACAGAGGAGGAAAGUUGUGCUGUCUUUCACCCUCAAGUUCUGUUGGAGGGAAGGCAGCAUGAGGCAGGCCGGAAGUCCGAUCGCCAGCACCUCCUCUUCAGCAUGACGUCCGUUUUGGGUCGGAGGCGAGGUGGCCUCCUUUACCUCACCUGCUCAUGCUUGCUGCUGGCGUUCUGCUUUUUCACGUCCGUCCUCAAGCCGAGCGGCCUCCGCCAAUCCCGCAGCCUGGAAGUGUACCCGUGGCAGAUGAUUGGCUAUGACGACUACGACUGCGGAUGUCCCAGGUCCGGUCCGCCAAUAGUGAAGGAGAGCGAGCAGUCGAUGUGCAGUGAUUGGUCGACGAGUCGAGGCCUCGGCCAAAAAGUGGUGUCAUAUUCGCUAUUCGGCAACAUAAACAAAACUAUAAUUUAUAAUAAAUAUUUUUCAGCGUUCGAAGAUCGACUGAAAGAAGUCGAAAAAUAUUACAAAGGUUGGACGGUUAGGUUGUACCACAACUUAUCCCGGAGCGACGUUACCUCGCAGAAGUACCUGUGCCGCCUGUACUGCCAGUACCCCCACCUGGACCUCUGCCAGGUGGACAACCUCUUUCCGCCGAAGGACCAAAACGCGGACAAUCCUGGACACAGUAAUGAUUCUUCGGCGACGCUGAGGGAGGCACCAGAGCUUCCUGGCACUAUUGGGGCGAUAGCAAUGGCCCGCCUCAAAGCCGCCGCUUCCUCCGGCAUUCUUGAGAGCUACGGGAAGAGGCUCGUGGGACGCAUGUGGCGCUUCAUCACGAUGGCGGAUCCCCUGGUGUCGGAGUUCCUGGUGCGGGACACAGACUCCUCCGUGCUGCCCCGCGAGGUGGCCGCCGUCAAGCAGUGGCUCCACAACUCCACGGCGCUUCUGCACGUCAUGCGCGAUCACCCCAGUCACAACGGUGUCAUCCUUGCAGGCAUGUGGGGUGGGUCUCGAGAUCGCGGCGGAGACCUCCUGAAGGAACUGCUGGCGAAGAUGGUCCGCUGGCCUCCGAGGGAUAUCUGGGACUACGACCAGAAGCUCCUGAAGAGGGUCGUGUGGCCGGAGGUCCUCGAUGACGUUUUGGUGCACGACAGCUACUUCUGCGCCAACCCCAACUUCCGGUCCCACCACAGGGCGGCGCCCUUCCCCACCCGUCGCCACGAGCGGUACUUUGUGGGUUGGGGGCCUCUGCGUGACCAUGAACUCGCGGGCAUCACACCCUGCCCGCACGAGUGCCGCCCGCCGAUGCACCAGGACUGGACCUACUGCUAGAGGCUACGCUGUCUGGAUACUUACGACUUCGUUGCUCAUUUUAGUGCAGAGAGAUCUUGGUUUUCGCCGAAAGUAUUUCUUGCAUUUUCGAUUGCAGAGUUUUAUUGAGAGGGAAGGCUCGAAAGCAGAAUUAUGAUAAUAAUGGUGAUGAUAAGUCUGUUAAAUAGAAAGACUGAAUUGAGACAUUCCCCACAAAUGGCCUUUUUCACCGAAUAACAUCUAACUUUGACCCCGGAAUACUGUGACUUUCAUUCUAUGAUUGAUAUCUGGAUAAACUUGACUGACUUACUGUACGGACAGAUGACUAGACUCGGCUUGUUGUUAGACUCUUCUGUCUCUCUUUCUCUCUCUUUCUAUUCUUGUCUUUUUCUUUCUCUCUCUCGCUGUUUGUACAGAGACCGUAGACAGAAUUAGAUAGAUGUUCAUUCUUUUCACACUAAGUCAAAGACCAUGAAAUUGUCUGACUCAUUGAUUAGACUAAUGACUGCAAACUUAACCGCACGUGGUUGCUGAACGUGACUCAUCUACACACGACAGGACUCCAUAAUUAUUAACGCCAGCUAGACACAAAUGCAGUUCUGGAUAUAGUAAGCAAGACUGGCUGUUAGUCUAAAACAAAAGACUUCAUAUCCGAUAUCAAUGGACUAGUGAUCUCCGCUAGUAAAAUUACGAAAAGAUUUUAAACUACCCCAAAUGAAGACUGACGCUAACGGAAUAAACAACUGGACUAUUUGAAACAGAAGCCAUAUUUUCAGAAAUGUUUGACUGUUGUGUGAAAUGCCUUCUACGUCAUGCGUUUUCCUACCGCGUAAUGUCGCUAUAUAACUUUUGACAUGUUGGCUUUGUAGUACAUUUAUUAUUUCAUGUCAAUCUAUUAUUCAUAGUUUCAUUACAUUAUCAUAAUUUCAUACCAUUUCUCGUCCUUUUUUAAGUAUUUUCAUGUCAUGUUUUGAAAUCGUGGCGUUGGCACCAAUAUAACCGGACUGUUUUAGAGGACUGAAGAUUAUCAGGCAAAACUGGUGAUGUGCUUAGAAUAUCCUCGCCAGCAACCUCUCUAUAUAAUUAGCAUGAGUUGUUUGCCGAAAGACAAUGAGAAAGUGCUGAUGUUUAUGAGAAAUCUAGUGUAUAUGUCUCCAUGUUAGCGAAAUAUAUUGUUAUAAACUGUGAUAUGCUUUUGCUUUUCAUAAUGAUGAAAUAUUGUAUUAUAACGUUUAUAUUCUGUUCUCAUUAUGUUGGUCACAUUGUGAACGUCACUUGUAAAUACAAAAGACGGAAAG